AUCCUGCAGGCCCUCGGGAAGUCCUACCACCCCGGCUGCUUCCGCUGUGUCAUCUGCAACGAGUGUUUGGAUGGGGUGCCCUUCACCGUGGACUCCGAGAACAAGAUCUACUGUGUCCGAGAUUACCACAAGCAUGUCACACCUGAAAAAUUUUAUGUGGAAGCUUGUGAUGAUGGAGCAGAUGACGUACUUGUCAUCGACCGCGUGUCCACAGAAGUUACCCUGUCAGUCAAGAAAGAUAUUCCUCCUUCAGCUGUUACAAGACCAAUAUUCGGUAUACUGGGCACAAUCCAUCUGGUGGCAGGUAAUUAUCUAAUUGUUAUUACCAAAAAGACAAAAAUAGGUGAAUUUUUCAAUCACGUAAUCUGGAAAGCAGCAGAUUUUGACAUCCUUUCUUAUAAGAAGACGAUGUUGCACUUAACUGAUAUUCAGGUCUGCAGCCAGGGGUCUUAGUGAGGGUGAACUUCUCGACAUUCAUGAUGAAGUGGUUGUGAUGAGAAGGUUGAAGAUGUCCCAGAGGAAGUGAUACCAGUGACAGACUUCACAAGAAAGGAACUCUCUGGAGUAUUCCAUGACUUUGAGAGUGCCAAGGAUAAGGCGUAAGGAUAA